UCGCCCCGCCCCGUCCGCCAGCCCCGCCUCGCCGCGCCGCGCACGCCGGGACCGGCCCUGCCCAGCCCCGCCGCUCCGCAGGCCGCUGUCCCGCAGGCAAGAUGCAGGACCCAGAGAAAGACACUGAGUGGAAUGACAUCCUGCGUAAGAAAGGGAUCCUUCCUCCGAAGGAAAACCGAGAAGAGCAGGAGCGUGCAAAGGAAGAAGAGCAGUUUGAAAUCCUUCAGAAGUCUCUGGUGAAAACAUAUGAGGACAUGACUCUGGAGGAGCUAGAAGAAAAUGAGGAUGAAUUUAAUGAGGAAGAUGAGAGAGCUAUUGAAAUGUACAGACAGCAAAGAUUAGCAGAAAUGAAAGCGGCUCAAAUGAAGAAUAAAUUUGGAGAAGUUUUGGAGAUUUCUGGAAAGGAUUAUGUUCAAGAGGUUACAAAAGCUGGGAAAGGCAUAUGGGUAGUCCUGCACCUCUACAAACAGGGAAUUCCACUCUGUGCCUUAAUAAACCAACAUUUAAGUGGACUUGCAAAAAAGUUCAGAGAUGUGAAAUUCAUCAAAGCUAUCUCUACCACCUGCAUACCCAACUACCCCGACAAGAAUCUGCCUACGAUAUUUGUCUACCUUGAAGGAGACAUCAGAGCUCAGUUCAUUGGGCCUUUGGUGUUCGGUGGCAUGAACUUGACGAGGGAUGAACUGGAGUGGAAGAUCUCGGAGUCAGGUGCCAUCAAGACAGACCUUGAGGAGAACCCCAGGAAACAGAUCCAAGACCAGCUCAUGUCCUCCAUAAGGGCAUGCGUCCCAACCAGGGGAGAGAGUGACUCAGAGGAUGACUAACUCCUACAUCAGCAUCGGGGUUGAUACAAUACACUUACAGACAGUGUUCCUGCCCAAAGGACUGGAGGUGCUCAUCAAGAUCUUCCUGAACCCCAGAAGGGGAGCAUUUCAAGGCACCUUCACUUGAGAUUGUAAAAGACUUUUUGUAUUACAGAGCCUGAGUAAAUCUUACUCCAAGUUUUAAAAUACAGGUAUUGGUAGAUACUAAAGUCUGUUGUUGUUAUUUUAUUAAUAAACUGCUGACACUUUAUUUUAAAGCAUAAAAUA